AUGCCGCCGCAAUACACACCACCCUCUACGACCUCAUCUAGCGCGGGGCAGUCGCCCACAGAUCCUCAAUUCAGAGUUGUGCGGAAAAGAAAUCGGGUGCCUCUGUCAUGUGGGCCAUGUCGGCAUCGAAAGCUGAAAUGCAAUCGAGCGCAGCCAUGCGACAACUGCACGAAGCGCGGCGACACGUCGUCAUGUACAUAUGCAUCACCGGGGAAUCGCAAGAAGAACCCAGUGGUUGCCGGCACAGCGACUUCGCCUGAUGACAUGCAAAAUCGAAUUGAUCGACUUGAAGGACUUGUUUUAUCUCUGAUGACCAAUGGUGCUCAGAGUGCUGGUCCAGCAGCUGCACAAGCAGCCAUCGCCAACAGUCUCAAUAGCACCUCCUCGGACCAUCAAUUCGACAUGAGCAACAUGAGCAACAUGAGCAGCGGUAUGAGCAACGGCCAACCAGAGUCGAUAGCAGAGGAGGAUCCCGGAGAAGAGAGUGAAAUGGAGACAGUGACAAAAUCGAUCGGAGUGAUGAAAGUCAAUAACAAUCAGACCAUCUUUGCGUCUGAAGCUCAUUGGUAUGCCAUCCUCGGCGAGCUUUCGGAAGUCAAGAAUUACUUUGCCGAGCACAAGAAACAGUAUGACGACCAGCUUAAGAGAUACAAAGCCAGCCACAGCGAAGAAAGCCCGCCCGGUACCGGGUUUCUUUAUGGGCAGAUGAAGCCGUUAUCGAGACCCGAGAUCCUGUCACGGUUUCCGCCCAAACCAACAGCUGACAUCUUGGUAUCACGCUUCUUCAACACAUAUGAUCCGGGGAUCCACAUCAUUCAUGGGCCGACGUUCCAGACAGAGUACGAUAGACAUUGGCUAAGCCCAGAUGAUACGCCCAUUGUCUGGUUGGGUCUAGUCUUCGCGAUGACGUGCAUAGCGCUGCAGUCAUACACAAGGGCUGGCGACGAGCCCCCAGAGUACAGCGGUAAAUCUUGGGCGAUGUCGAAGGAGUAUAGAGAUCUCACUGCGCAAUGCCUCGUCAUGGCUGAUAUCACGCAGCCAACCCAAGGUAUGCUUGAGACCCUAAUUCUGCAUGUUCAUGCGGAGUACUCGCGCAGCAGAGACGCAGAGGUAGGCAUUUUCAUCAGUACGGGCAUCAUUGUUCGAUUGGCCAUGCGGCAGGGCAUGCAUCGAGACCCAGCGCCCUACUCUGGUAUCUCCGUGUUCCAGGGCGAGAUGCGACGCAGAAUCUGGGCUUGCAUUCGGUCGUUCGAUCUUCUCUUCUCUGCACAGGCUGGGCUGCCACCUAUUGUGCGACCACGGGGCACCAACACAGAUGUUCCACGCAACCUCUACGAUGACGAGCUCUUCGAAGACAUGAAAAUCCUACCACUGUCAAGGCCGGAGACCGAGGCCACACCUACACUGUACCUGAUCAACCGCACACGUUUCAUUUAUAAGCUCGGCGAGGCUGUUGAGUUGACCGAUACUCUGACCUGUUCGUCAUACGACGAGGUCAUGAAGCUCGAUGCACAGGCCCGAGAGUUGCAUGGCAGCAUUUCGCCACACCUGAAAUUGCGCUCUAUGGAUGAGUCUGCUCGAGACACAUCCACUCUGAUCAUGCAGCGAUUCACCUUGGACCUCCUCUAUUUGAAGAUCAUAUGCGUACUGCACAGGAAGUACCUCGCAUAUGCUCGGGUGCAUGCAAGGUUCAGCUAUUCCAGGACAGCUGUCAUUGAUGCCUCAAUGACGAUGCUCCGACAUCAGGCAACAUUGCACCGAGAAUGCCAGCCUGGUGGUCGAUUACGCAGUGUCAAGUGGUUCAUCUCCUCUCUUACCACAGUAGACUUCUUGCUCGCGGCGAUGAUCAUUUCAUCUGACCUUUACCACACCAUCAAAUCCGCAAGCCAGGGCCGCUCCGCUUCGGGAGACAUGUAUACAUGGGCCUCGGAUCGAUUUGACGAGAUGCUCGAUGCUAUUGAAACAGCAGUGGGGAUCUGGGAAGGCUUGAAGGACCACUCCAUGGAAGCUUAUAAGGCCUACACGACUCUAAGCGUCAUGCUAAGUCAACUGAAAAAGGAUCGCACAGCUAGGCAGUCACAGGGAAGUUUUUCCUCGGCAUCGACAUUCCAAACAAAUACGCCAAUGGACGACGCAAACGUGGCCCCAGAACACUCUGCUGCAAUGACGCUUGGUAUGCUUAGCACAGGUGGAAUUUCAUCAAACUCGGCAAACAUGUUCGAACAGCGAUAUCCUCCUUCGAUGGCGAACUUGCUCAAUGAUCCUUUGCCGCAACAACCAACUGGUCUAACCCCGAACUAUGGAAGCACGACCUCUGGAUCAGGAGCUGUCGAGAGUGCACCUAGUCCGUUUUCGAACCUCUUCGGCGCCAAUCUGUUCCAAAGCUUGGACCUGCCACCAACUGAUAGCAUCAACUGGGAUGCAUGGGACUCGUACAUUCAAGGUCCAGGUGUAGACGCCCAGAGUAACUUCUUUCCCAUGGACCUGAGCGGCAUGCCUAUGCAGACAGACGCAAAUGAGCCACAACCCCCGCCAGUACCCAAUCCGCAUCCGCAGAACCAGCAGACCAACGCGUUCGGGCAGAAUGUGUUCAUGGAGGAUGAAUCAAAGACAAGUAACGACGAAGGCUAUACGCUAGGCUUCAGGAUGAACAUGAAGUCCGAGUAG